AUGAUCUUUACAUGGAAGCAAAGACUUGGAAUUGCAACACCCAGAAAACCUGUCUUAUCUGUCAGUGCAAGAAAAAUUAAGAACAAUGCAGCUGAUUGGCAUAACUUAAUCCUGAAAUGGGAAACCCUCAGUGAUGCUGGUUUUACCACCGCAAGCAAUAUUGCCAAUCUAAAAGUCAGCUUGUUGAGUAAAGAGAAGGUUGAAUUAGAAAGCAGCAGUCCAGCUUCCAGUAAGAAGGAAGAAAAGAGUCUGGACUACAACAAGGAACUUGAAGCACUGUGUGAGGUGCUGCAGGCCACCGUGGAUGGCUUGACUAAAAUUCAAAUGAAAAUGGAAAAGCUGUCUUCAACCACCAAAGGUAUUUGUGAACUAGAAAAUUAUCAUUACAGGGAAGAAAGUAACCGGCCCCUUCUGUUUUACACAUGGCCCAUGGCCUUCUUUUAUGAGGUCUCUCACCGGCUCUCUGACGCAUACAAGAAGGUGCUCCUCCUGAAGCACACCAUUGGCACAGAGCUAGCCCAUACAGUCACAUAUUUUCUAUUCUCCAGCAUCAUGUAA